CUGUGUUCAUCAGGUUCAUGUCAGCGAAUAUGUUCUCAAUAGUAUGUUUCAAGGAGGUGUGCUCACCUGUGUGCGCGUAUCACGGCAGAGCGGCCAGCUGCUGAUCACGCACUCAAUAGCUCGACUGCAUGAAUAGAAGGAAAAAGUGCGCCCCUAAAUUUUCUGCUUGCGCCCCUAACAUUUUAAGUUAGGAGCGACUGUGCUCCUAGUUAAAAAAGUUAGUCUGGAGCCCUGCCUAGGGGUCUCCUGAAGCAGCUGAGACCGGACCGUCAUGGUGAAGAAAGAGUUCUGGCACUCACCUCUGGUCAGGAACUCUGGGUUGUAGUGAACUGCCCUGAGGGGAAGAGAAGAAGUGGACCUCCUGCGUCCAGGCCAAACCCUCUGCUGGGUCUUUUACUUACUGGUGUUAAGUUCAAUCGGCUGCCACCGAUCUAACCCGAGUGGUGUUCUGCUCUUCUCUUCCAGUCCAUCCAGGUGAGGAGUCCCUGCUCCACUGAAAGCCCCGUCUCUGCAGGUGUGCUGGACCUGGUAGAGCAGCAGGACCCUCUGGCUUCAGAGACCAUGUCUGAUGGAGAGGUCCUGCCCCCCACGGUACCCUUUACAAGGGGCAGUAGAGCCAGGUCCAGUCUACCUGUGGGCCGGUCCAGUGGCGAGACCAGAGCGAGGCCACCUGGUGUGUUGUUCCUGCAGUACGGGGGGGAGACCAGGCAGGUGUGGAUGCCUGAGCCCAGCGGCCCCGGGGCCCUGGAGGCUCUGCUGGUCAGCGCCUUCCCUCAGCAGCUCUCCAUGAAGAUGCUGCAGUCCCCCAACAUGGCCGUCUACAUCAAAGACCCCAACCGCAACGUCUACUACGACCUGGAGGACGUCAGAAACAUCCCCUCACACUCCUGUGUGAAGGUGUAUCACAGAGACGCCCCACGCCACGGCAGGCCGGCCGCCACGAAGCUCAGGAUCUCCAAAGAGGUCUUGUACAGCAGUCCCAGUCCGGUCCACGGCGCCCUGCACCACCUGCAGGGCUCCAUGUCUCCACCCAUGGUGCGCUCCAUGCCCACAUCCCCCUCCAGGAUGGCGUACGGCGGAGGGAGCGCAGCAGGGGGGGGGGCGGUGAUGGGGGACCGAGGCAGCGUCACGUUACCACGGGAACGGCUGUCGGGCGUGAGGCGGUCCAGCUCCGUGUGCAGCAGCAGCAGCGGUGGUGCCAUCCUGGAGAGGAGGGACGUGAGGCCCGAUGAGGGCGCUGGCAGCAGUAGGACCAUGGCCCUGGUGCUGCGUGGAGAAGGAGGACCAUAUUACCCAGACUCCUACUGCUCCUCCCUGCAGGACAGAGGGGGGGGUGGCCUGAGCAUGGCCUCCGCCCAGUGCAGCGCUCCUCCGUCCAUCACUGCAGACAUGGUGGACGUUGGGGUCACGGGGCUCCCAGGGGGGCUGCGGCAGUACCGGGCCUCCAUCAAACCCCUACUGGUCUACGGAGAGAGCCUGGAGCAGCAGACCCGCUUCCUCCACAGGCAGAAGAGCAGGAAGUAUGGCGACAGCCAGCUUCCUCCACUGGGAUCCAAGACCCCGCCCCCGUCCCCUCACCGAGUCCACGAGGUCCGGAUGAUAGAGGGACAGAGCGUCGGAGGGGUGGGCCCGGUGUCUCCAGAGAGGAUGUCACGUAUCCGCCGGUCCCUGCGCCGGGACAGCCAGGAAGGCUCGGUGGAGAUCGUACCCAGAAGAAGAGCGAGCGGCUCGUCAUCCUCCCCCUCGUCUGUGUUUCUGGAGAGCCCUCUGGGACAACCUGAGAGACUGUGUCAUGGUCAUGUGACCGCCAGCAGCGCCCAGAGUGCGAGGAUGAAAGCCAUGGAGGAGCAGAUAGCCAGUCUGGCAGGCCUGGUGCACAGAUCUCUGUCUCUUGGACCAGACGUCCACGGGGUCAAGGACACCGUCAGUGGCGAUAUUGAACGCACACUCCUCAACAAAGCCGGAGUGGCAGCUGAGCCUCGGGUCCCGGCUGCUGUGAUGGACAGCUUCAGCCGCGCCCCUCUGGCGCCCCCGGCCCCUCCCCAGCGCUACAGCGGGCUGCAGCAGAGCUUGGCGUUAGCAAAGAGUGACGUGUAUGAUCUGCGGCUGCAACUCAACCACCUCAGACACCUCCAGCUCUCCAACCAGGAGAGCGUGACCUCGGUGCUGCGGAUGGCGGGUCAGGAGCUGGUGGUGCUGAUGUACGACCGGCUGGCUCAGUCUGAGGAGGCGGUGUACCGACGGAGAGCUGGGAUGGAGGAGGAGAGGAUCCACUACCUCGCUGCAGAGGAGAGAAUACUCACACAGCUCCGGUGA